GGAGCAGUCACUGCGGUGGGCAGCCUACAGUCACGGCCACCCCCAGCCCUGCCUCUUUCUGCCGAGCUCAUAAAUAAAAUGCGCAGUCGCUGCAGAACAUGAGCGGAAGCUCUCCCCGCAUCCGAGGGUCUCGGGCGCACAUGUUUAGCACGAAGGAAAAGUAUUGCCAUUGUACCCGCAUCUCCGCAGCCCAGCACUACUCUGUCUAUCAUCAAUCCCAGAUCGAAGGUGUGAAGAUUUCAGAAGAGCCGUGCGGAGGGAAGCCUUGAGGGAGGAUACAGUUGUUUUCGCCUGCUGCUGCUGCUGUGUAUAAAUGUGUUUAUAACUACAAAAAGGGCACAAGGUGCUUUUUUUUUGGGGGGGGGGGGGGGGGGGGGUGGAGGUAGCUAGUAGUUUCUGUACGUUGGUAUUUGUAUUUUAUGUGUAUUUUAAGUGCACGCGUGCUGUUUUGUAAAGGGGGGCUCCGUCGAUUGAUUCCGUUGCUGCUGCAAUAGCCCACGAGAUUGUGGUGGGUCAGUGUGUGCUGCUACAGCAUUGCUAACGCGGGAUCAUUAAUUGCGUUUGUACUGCAGCCGUCACGUUGUGUAGCUAUGGAUGAUAUUCGUGGCAAUGUAGUGUGCAACGUCAUGUAAUCUGCCGUUGAAACGUGUGCAACUUUACCGUUUAAGCGAUCGAGAAAUAGAAUUGUCCUAAAUUAUAUUUUUCAAUUGUGAUACAGCACAAGUGUAGUGGGGCAUUGCGCGUAGAUAUAUGCUGCAAUCGUAUAAGGCAAGCUCGUGCUUUUACAGUCCGUGGCUUUACGUAUGAUUCGAAUAUAAAGCGCUCAUGAUUUAAUGUUUCAGGAAAAGGCGUGAACGGUAUUGUGCUUGCCACUGUGCAAUAGUUAGAGAAGAGUUUUCACGUGCUCGGGUUAAAUCUAAUACGCGUGCAGGUAUUAACCAAAAGCCUAUGGCAGUACAAUAUAUGUGAACACUGUUUUGAGCCUCGGGCAGUGGAUAAAAUCAGCCCACGAGCUAUAGGAGAGGUUGCAUACUUGCGAGCAGCACAUAGCCGCACGGUAAUCGCUGCCUGCUGUUUUGCACGGAUAUAGUCUUGCCUAGCCGUGAAGUUUAUACACAGCUGGACAGAUGUAGAGUAUAGGAGUCGUCUGUUUCAUGCGUUGUUGGCUUAACUGAACUGUAAGCGUACUAUGCUGUAAAUUAUUAUUUCUGGCCCCUCGAGUAGAAUUACUCUGCUGGGUUGUAUUAUUGGAGUAUAUACUGUCUAUCAAACUUUUGCUAUUGUAGUUCAUAUAUUGUUAAUAGGUCAUAGAUUCCGAACAUAUUGAGCAGAACUGACAGGCUACGUUGUACAUGCAACGCCACAUGACGCUGGACUGCCCAAAAGCCCCGAGCAGCCGAACAGGAUAGAACUCAUGAUUGUGAUAGGUAUACAUCUGUGCGCACGCUGCAUGCGUGCAAUAGCAUAGCAGCCAAGCGGGUGAAAUGUAGUAAAAGAAUUCUUAAGCUUUUACAAUCCAUCAACCAAUCACCACAGUGAAGAUCGCGACGAUGGGGUGCCCCCCUUUCACCCGUGAUGCCCGCACCGCGCAGAUGCUGUUCGUGCUUCUACUGGGCAUCUCGACCACGGUGCGCUCAGAACGCUUGCUGUGCGACGGGGAGGAGCAAGCCAACUUCACAGGCCCAUUGUGCAACGCGACGCGCGACGAGAUCGGCACGUGCUGGCCAGAGAGCGAGGCCGGUCGCACUGUGGCAACUCCUUGUCCCGAGCGCUUCAACGGCGUGCGCUACGACUCCUCCAAGAGCGUAAUCCGCGAGUGCCUAGCAAACGGGACGUGGGCACAACGCUCCAACUACUCCCUGUGCAAGCCAAUCAUCGACGCCAAGCCGAACAGCCAGCACUACAAAAUUGCACUCAUCGUCAAUUACCUAGGACACUGCAUCUCGCUGGCAGCCCUCAUCACCGCAUUUGGAUUCUUCUGGUGGCUCCGCAGGAGCAUCCGCUGUCUCCGUAAUGCCAUCCACUGGCACCUGGUGACCACGUUCAUCCUGAGAAACGCCGCCUGGUUGCUCCUGCAGAUCAUCGACUUGAGCACGCAGGAGCGCAACGAGCCAUGGUGCCGUGUGGUCAUCACGGUGUUCAACUACUUCCAAGUGACCAACUUCUUCUGGAUGUUCGUCGAGGGCUGCUACCUGCACACGGCCAUCGUCAUGACGUACUCGACGGACAAGCUGCGCAAGUCCAUCUUUGUGUGCAUCGGCUGGUGCAUCCCUGCGCCUAUCAUCAUAGUCUGGGCUAUGGUGAAGCUAUUUUACGAAGAUGAAAAAUGCUGGUUUGGAAAAACGGAAGGGAAAUACAUCGACUACAUUUACCAAGGACCCAUUAUACUUGUUCUGCUGGUCAAUUUCAUUUUUCUUUUCAACAUCGUGCGUAUUUUGAUGACCAAGCUUAGAGCCUCCACAACUUCUGAAACCAUCCAAUACAGGAAGGCGGUGAAGGCCACGCUGGUGUUGCUGCCCCUGCUGGGAAUCACCUACAUGCUGUUCUUCGUGAACCCCGGGGAAGACCCCGUUUCCCAGGUCAUCUUCAUCUACGUCAACUCCUUCCUCAUGUCCUUCCAGGGAUUCUUUGUGUCAGUAUUCUACUGUUUCCUGAAUGGGGAGGUGCGCUCCGCCCUGCGCAAGCGCUGGAACCGCUGGAUGGACAACCACCGGUUGCAGGCGCGUGUCACGAGGGCCAUGUCCAUCCCCACGUCGCCCACGCGCAUCAGCUUCCACAGCUUCAAGCGCACGACGUCCGUCUGACGGAGGGAGCGCUCCGGAAAAAGACGGAUCGUCGAGGGCAAUGGACAGCGGCGACGAUGACAGUGAUGACCCACAGCAUCUGCACACGUCGCUCUCGGAUUCCGCCACCGCCGGCGUUGACCUGACGCUCCCGCUCGGGGUCAAUAGGUCGCAGAUUCACGUCCAAAAACUCCAAACGGCUGUCCGUACGUAUUACCCCGAAUGGACUCCUGGCGUUCAAGGUGGUUUGUUUUUUAAUUACUUUAUUACUUAGCGGGGGGUGGGGCGCUCUGUUUAUUUAUUUAUUUAUCGUCGUCGUCGUUGUUAUUAUUAUUCGACGAAAAUAUCGUUCCAUCUGAAAGCGGAAGCAGGGGUAACUCGAGUGGUUUGUCUUUCCCCAAACAAUCUAACGAUUCAAGCAGUGAAUAGGGCCACGACGACUUGUGUUGCAGAAGGACUUUCAAAGAGUGCACUGACCCUCAGCCGGGGUGGGGAGCAGGGGGGGGGGGAGGCGGCGGUGGUGUUAAGCUGAUUUACAAAUUGGUAAAGCGGUGCUUAUUAAGCAAAAUUAAAAAUACGCCAGUUUAAACUUUGCUCGCUAGCAGGCGUGGGCGUGGGAUUUGUGGCGUCCCACGUAGCUGUAAGAUAAUUUCUUCAAACACGUGUGUGUAUUUUAUUAAAACACGCUCAAGUCAAGCGUUCGUCAAGGCAAGCGUUCGUCGUCAGACAACCUUGACGGCAGUGCCCGUCUCUGUCAUCGUGGGUGACGCUGGGCACGUGGUGGCAAGCCCCACAUUGCAGUAGCAGGGGCCAGCCAGUCUCUCCAUCAGAUGACCAUUGCGAACUUCUAGCACAGUGGUGUGCUCGUUUCGUCAACCCUGGAAGGACAAUGAGAACUGUUUCACCGAUGACCCUCGGUGCAGCAUUGCCAAUAGUGCCACCUGGCCAGAAAUUAAAACCAUCAAGUACGAACAUGGAAGGGAAAAGGACAAUGAGAAGCGUUAGACAAAUGUCUUCAAUAUCAAGAGUUCAUCGCAGCCAGUGUAGGUGAUACCACCAACACCUUACCAUCGCUUCCUUCCACUUGACCCGUCGACACCUGACAGCCAAGGCUUUCCCCAACCUGUCCCUUUCAUCAUCUUUUUUUAAUUAUCAGUUGCAUUUCCUGCCCAUACCCACUUAUUUUACCUAAAAGCCAAUUUGAUGUCUAUAGCUUAAAUAUUUUAUCCAAUCCGUGAGUUCCUUACUCUUUCGUUCUUUCGGUAAAGUCAUGUAGGUAUAAAAUAAAAUAAAUCACGACGUUAAGGGGCACAACACAAGCGCCCGAAACGUGAUUUAUUUUAUUUUAUACCUACAUGACUUUACCGAAAGAAUCAAAGAGUAUGGAUUCCUGCAGUCACGAAAGCUUCAAAUCAAGAUUGAACCGUGAGUCCCUCUUUCAGUCUAAGCAUGUGUGAUUCCGAGCAUGCACCUCUCCAUGCUUCUUUGUACACUUUUCAGGUUUUGUCUCAGUGUCUUUGUCAAUGUCCAUGUUUCAUUUGUCAUAGCACGUAAUAAUCACCGAUUAAAAUACAUUUUUAGGCUCAUUGCUGUUCUUGCUUCUCCUUAUGAAGUUUAAUUCCCGCAAAGCACACCUUCUGCCUCUUUAUUUCAUUACUUUGGUCCUGUUUGACCUUUAAUAAUUGCCCUGGGUAUAAAUAAUCAAAUACAUUUUUCCAGGUGUGACAUGCCAACAGGUAUCUCCAGUUGGCUAGCAAAGUUGUGUUCAGAUUUACCUUGAACCCCACCUAACAGCGUUCUUUAUUAAGCUCGGCCACAACUCCAUGUAGUUUGUUUCCACUGGUUAUAACGACUCUGUUGUCAGUAUACAUCACCCAGAUCCGGAAGAAUUCUGUUUAACAGUGGAACAACGCGGACGUCCUGAAUAUGCAGCUCAUUCGAGACCCAAACAUCAUCGCACUUCCUGGCUUUGACAUUGCCUCGAAGACACUGGCGGUGGAACCAUCAAUCACAUUAGAACAUCAACAGGCCGAUGUGGACAUUCCCUCCAUGAAUGACAAAUUAAUGGCAAGCCACGGUCGUGCGAUUUUGGCAAUGCAACGCAAACGAUUUCCCAUAAAGAAAAACAUUGUAGUCCACGCUCCUUCAACAAAGCAGGUGGAUCUACAGACUUCCAUUGUAGAUUAGUGGCCAUGGGCAAGCAGGCAUUGUGAUCAAAAGUCGUGCAAGAGAGAAUCAAUGGAAAUGUGGAUUCACUGGAUUUACCACCCCCCCCCCCCUCAUAUAGGGUUUGCGAUGAGUGUACAUCUUUGGCAGUGCAACGAUAAGUAGGUGAUUUAAUUUUAAAUUGUAGCCGUGAAACUUUUAUUGUUUAAUGAGUCACCCUCCAGCAUGCUAGCAAGAUGCAUUCACGAUUGCUGACAUUUCUCCAACAACAAAUAAAAUAAAUAACAUUUCGUAUGCCUGCGGUGAAUGGGACAUCGACAUAAAAUGGCAUUUUGUCUGGAGAACGUUUUCAACAUACUUUAAUUGUGAGGUUCAUCAAAAUAAUAAUUGUUGACCGAGUGCCACAGGAUUCUAGAACACACACACACACGCGCGCGCGCGCACAGUGUGACCGUGCACAUUUCCCAAACAAUAGCCUCGGACUUGCACGAACUUUGUCGACUCCGUUUAACCCUGGAACGGAACGAGUCUGGCUGUUUGUAGACUCGCAGCGGUGGUUCAGUUUUACCCAUAACGAAGGUUUACUCUCUGUCCACUGUGGCAGUAUAUCCCCAGUGCAAUCGUUUAUCGCAAUGCUCGGAAGAUGGGCCGUGCGUCAUAAUUGCGAGGUUUGCACGUUGUAGACCUGUUACGAUGUAAGUGGAACACGCAACGUAAGAGAAGACUCAAUACAACAACAAACAGCUAUUGUAGCUUACACACCUAGGCUCAAUGAACAAGGCUGUCCGACAUGAGUUUUGAAACCUUCUUCAUGAGAAAAAUUACUUUCAAUGGACAUUCAGGAACACAGCUUAUUUUGGCAGCGCCAGCGUGUCAGACGUCACUUAAGAAAGCUUUUUGCACUGCCUAAGUGUGGAGUUUAAAAAAAAAAACGACGAGUUUUUGUUUCGUCACGUGUUUGUUUAAUAUCUGCAGCAGAAAUAAUUGUAUUUGCAUGUUUUAUUUAAUUUAAUUGAAUUUACUGUUUUUGUGCUUGAAACUGUACACUGUUGGCUUAAAUGUUUCAGAUAAGGUACUGCUUAUGGCACAAGCUCCUUGCAUAUCUCUGUAUAUAUAUACGUACGUAUAAAGCCAUACACUAUGGCUGGGCAAUACUUUUAUAUUUCAAUGUUAACAGUUUCGCGGGGUUAUUACAUUGUUAAAAACGGAGCAAUAUGAAACUUGGCACAAGGCAGCAGAGCUUCAGUGUCAUUGAUCAAUUGAUGUCAGAAUUAACAAAGAUCAUUUCGAUGCAGAAUUAAAUGACCAUUUAAACUUGUCAAAUCUUUAUCGAUGUAAACGAAGCUAUUGUUUCCAAUAUGCAUCUCAUUGUAUCAGUUUUAUACGGUCGGUCAAUAAUUAUGCCAUGGUGGCAUACAAGUAUGUGUGGGUGUAAUCUAGCCACUGUGGGAGUAUAUACAGAUUAAAUGUGUGUGUGUGUAUAUAUGUGUAUGUGGUUAGCACAUUAUGCGACAAUUCCAGCAACAGGGGUUCAAUUCUCGAAGUCCACUCAGUAUUAAAUGAGUGCCUGAGAGUGGCAUUCCGUGACUCCAGUUCAGGUGGACAGUGAGCUCCGUGCCGGGUUUUGCAAUUGCAGGUGACAUGAGCAGGUGAUCAAUGGAUUAAGAGUGCAAUUUGAAGCGGAGGCGAUGCUUAAUGAACCAGGUUGCUGCCUCCCAGGAGGCCACGGAGAUUUAUUCACGAGAAAACCUGAAACGGAACCCAUUACUCACCUGACCUGAACCCACAGUCCCCAGUGAUGCCUGUCGGAAUGACAGAUAUCUGCACUGGAGAGACAAAGGUGGCCGAGCACAGUACUAUAGCCGUAGCACCGGCCUCACGUGUCAUGCCCCCCCCCCCCCCCCUAAUAGGUGCUCACUAACAGCGCUUGUCCCUGUCAUUUACGUGACUGCAUUGGCAAUCCUUAUCUGUGUGUGUGUAGAGUGCAGUGUACAAUGCAGAGAAUUAGCAUAGUGGUUCAUGCGAUUCACGUGUCCCUGGUCACCUGGGCUCACCCUUUGCCAAGCAAAAUACCAGCCGCAAUUGGUAUCUGUAUCUAUCACAGGCCUCUCCUAGGUGGACUAGGCCUGAGAUGAGUAAAAAAAUAAAUUGCACCUUUUCUCCAAUAAGCGUUUGGCUGCGUUCAUCUCCCUUGGCGGCAUUCAGCCAGUAGUGGAAAUUCCUCGUUCCCAUGCCGGGAGCUACUCUUCUUCGUUAAAAUGACCAUUGUUGAUUUCCCACAAAGUGGUACCCUUCUUACGACUGUGCAGGUGUGCACCGUUGUGCUAUGCAGCUCUCCAAUGUGUUUUCAGGUUGCGCCGCUAUGUGCUGUUAAGUGUGAUGGGGGAAAAAAAAAUGAAUACCGACGAAGCUUCCAGCACGUGGAGCAAAAUGGCAGACAUCACCGAAAUUAAUUUUCCUGAAGAGUGGAAGAUACAUUGGAGAAUUGCGGUCCUCAUUUUAUCGACCUUGAGGGGAUGAUGGACUGAGUCGACUGCUCAUGUUCUCUGAUUGUGACUCAUGAUCUCUGACCAUAGCACCCACCAAGGCUAAACAGAGCAGCUGAUGUGGGAUUAUUUCGAUCAACAACCGCGCAUUUUCCGGCGCCAACAUACGCUCGUAUCCCACGUCGGUCUUAACAGCACUUCUCUAACAGUGCAUGAAGAAAUUAUAAUUAUUCGUCUCUUGUAUAUUUGUAUAGUAAAUUAAAUUAUUCUGCUAUCAUAUACAAGUUGAAUGUAACGUUAUUUUUAAGUGAUUUAUUCCUUUCUGCCUGGCAAGGAAACAUUUAAUGUUGAGCUCAAGCUGGUCUUUAUAUAUUUAGGAUAUACAUUAUUGUUACUGCGUUUGAUUUCUUUUUCUAUAUAGGUGAUAAAAAAAUAACUAAUUUUAUUGUCCUUUAACCCUAUACACUUAUUUAAUUUGAGUGUGUAUACGUUUAUAAAUGCAUUGUGUUUUGUGUUACGUGUGUAUACUGAAUGUGUGGGUGUGUAUGUGUGUAUAUAUGUAUGGGAAUUACACGCGACACGCACAUGUGUGUACAAAUGAAAAAUAAAACCCAAGUGAAAUCUGUUGGCAUUGA